AUGGAUGAUGCGGUCGAUACGAAAUGUGCCUACUCCUUUCAACUUGCUUGCCAAUCUUUUUACAGGUUGACCCCGCGAACGUUCAUACCAGAUUUGACAAAAAUAUUUUCGCAAACGGCUGGCCUCGUUGAUGCAUUUCAACAGGAUCUUCCCUCUCCGUACUUUACAUUCAAACAGGCUUUUUUAAAAUUCAGACUUCAUAUUUUUAUACGACUGUUGCUCACUUCGUCUUCACCUCCUACAUUCUAUUACCUUCCGUGCCACGUUGAAUAUGAUUUUGUAACAUGCAACAACAACAACAACUACAAUAACACAGUUUAUCACUUUAUCAUAGCACUAAAAAAAAAGUUGCAAAGCAAGCCGAAGACAUCACAACAAAUUGUAACUGACGGCAGCACCAUUCCAGUCCACUUCAGCCUCUGCGUCGAUGCACGGAGUACCUGGCAGGCAACGGAGGUCUGUGGGUCGACAGCUGAGUAA